GUUGUCCUUUUAGUUUGUCACGCAACAGUUAAGACUGCUUCGAACGUGUGGCAUUAAGUUUGAUUUUGAAAAACGGAUGUUGUCGUUCUGAACGCGUCGUUCGAUGGCGGAAGAAGAGACGGCAACCAAACAUUUCUCCCCAAUUCGCCAGCCAGGUUGAAUUUUUUGGAGUUACUUUUCAUGUCCGUUGUUUAGCAAGUCCACAAAUCGCGCGUUAGCCUAGCCUGGCCACGGAUGAAGUUGCGAAUUCGCAUCUGCAAGCAAACCAGCAAAGUGGACGCGGUGGGUCCCGAGUCUACUUUGAAGGAGCUUAUGGAGCACAUCCGUGACGUCCUGCUGCCCGGCCACGGACUCGGUCCAGACGCGAACUUUGGCCUUUCUCUCAACGGCACCGAGCUCCUCGCUGACACGGGUCAGAAGUUGUCGUCGUGCGGCGUCGUCCCGGGAGAUCUGAUCCGUGUCCUGCUUCCCGCCGGCGCCGCCCACAGCAACGACGGCGACGUGCCUUCCCCCGGCGGCGCCUCCCGGUCCCUCGCCGGGCCCGCGACCGCCGCCCAAACCACCGCCGCCGACGCUUUCCCCGGGGGUGCCGUCUCGCAAUCCCCGCCCGACGCCAGGGACGCAUCCCCUGCGGGGACCGUCCGACCGCUCGCCUCGCCCGACGCCCAAACCGCAGCCGCAAUGACCUCCAGCCAGCCCCGUAGCGCGGCCGCUCCCGCCGCCGCCGACGCCGCCGGACGGGCCCGCGACCGUCGGACGCCGGCCGUCCUCUGCUGGGAGCCCAUGCUGUGCGGCGAGGCGGGCGAAGGCCAGGCGCCGCACUCGCUGGAGCUGCUCUACCGCGCCGCCCGGGUCGGCUCUCCCGCCGACGCCGUCAUGGUGGCCGCCCACCUGCUCAUGCUGGAGACCGGAUUCACGCCCCAGGGCGGCGAAGCGAAGCCCGCGGAGAUGCCGUCCGGAUGGCGUUCGUCCGGCGGCGCCUACAGACUUCAGUACACGCACGCGCUGUGCGAAAGGGGCGCGGUCACGGUGGUGGCGGUGCCCAUGAACCCCGUGCUCGUCAUCGAAGCCAUCCUGCAGGUGGCCGACAGCGCCAGCAUGGCGGCCAAAGUCUGCCUGGACCCCGGCGUCUACGUGACCGAGGCGUGGCCAGGAGCCAGCGCGGCGUCCGCCUUCACCGGGCUGAGUCGACUGUCGCGAGUGUACAAGGACCAGCUGGUCUACCCGCUGAUCGCCGCCACGCGGGAAGCGCUGCGUCUCCCGGUGGCGUUUGGCCUUUCGGCGCUCCCCCCCGAGUUGCUGCUGCUGGUGCUGCGGCUGCUGGACGUGGUCUCGGUGGUGCGCCUGUCGGCCGUCUGUCGGCAUCUGAACGCCGCCGCCGCCGACGCGGCCCUCUGGAGACACCUGGUGCGGCGGGACUUCAGUGAUCACAAAUGGCAGGGAGAGACCAACUGGAAGGAGCUGUACAAAAGUUUCUACAAGUUCCGUCAGAAGCGAGGCGUGGUGGAGCGCCCCUGCUCGCUCCCCCCUUUCAUCCACCGGCCCCUGUUUGGCCCGGUUCCUUUCGCCCCGCCGCGCGUCCCCGGCAUCAUCGGCGGAGGAUAUGACGGCCGACCGCCGGCCUUGCCCUACGGCGCGCGCUACGACCCCAUCGGCCCGCCGCCGCCGCCACAUGGCGGGCGCCGGCGGCGCAGCGACCCGCGGCCCCCGGCGGGCAACGCCCGUCCGGGCGACGUCCGCAGAGGCUUCAUCUGACCCGGGCCGGCGGAAAUCCGACAUUAGCGGAUGGCUUUCACGGCCGCGCCUCCCGCAUGCUGGGCUGCUACUUGAUUGGACGCGGUGCGGUGAGCCGCCGGGAACUAGUUGGCCGCAUUUGACGAGCGCUUGGCAUCUGACCAAGUUGUACCCACCCGCAAAAAAAAAAAAAAAAACAGGAGACGCGCCUUUCGCUUCACAUUUCCAGACGAACCAGAAAUACACUUGAGGUGAAACCGGUACAUGGUACACGGUAUGUCGGGCUUUGCAACUUUUGUCAACUACAGCUUAUUUGUAAUUUUUUUUUGGGGGGGGGGGCGGGUUCUGUUCUUUUUCUUAUUUCCUCUUAUUGUGCUCAGGUAAAGCAAAAAAAUAGGACUUUGGCACCAUCACAUCAUUUUGAUGCCAAGGAACUGUCAAACCGAAAAGAGGUGUUGCGUUUUGACAAAAGUAGUGCUUUGUUGCAAACUUGUGGCAACGACGAGCCAAUUUCAGUGGAAAUCCAGCCACUGCAUUGGGAUGGAAGGACGUGGCUGUGGAGCUUCGAAAGGCUGCAAGCGUCACACAAAGGCAUCCGAGCAACAUCCUUGGAGCUUUUAAUGGAUCAAACCCUUCUUGCGCCUUCUGAUCUUCUUUGUCAUGCAAAAAAAAAAAAACGACCAAACCCGUCAACCGGUGGAACAUUUUGAGGUCCCGUCCCCUCGAUUUGCUGAUGUGAGGGCUGCUCGGAGGCGUUCUCGAUGGCUUUUGACAAUUGUUGUUCCGAAGAAGGUGUGCUUGUUUUUAAUAUUCCAUAUUUUGGUGUGUGACCUCAUUAAAGCGAAUGAUUGAAAGGUG